AUGAUAACACUGCAAGAAAAUGAAAACCCCUCGGAAGCCUUGACAACCCCAUCGUCGGGAGACGAUUAUGUCGGGGGUGUAGCUGGAGUCGGAACUUGCCUUGCUGCGUUCUUUGGAUUGCGAGUUGACUGGUUGCGGCGCCAGAGAGAGAAGCUUCGAAAGCAGCAUGAAGAGACGGUGGAGUAUAUACAAAAUGAAAUCACUAAGGUAUACAAUGGCACAAUAGAUCCAUUUGGGCGGAUCCUCUCGAAUUACUGCAAAUUAUUCGAGCUUCGUGCAACUGCACAUGACAAGGACGUGGAUGCCUUCAAUCAAAAACUAAUGAAGCUAGGAGUUGGACGACGCGCCGCCGGGUUGCGAAUGCCAGACCUACUCAUGAAACUGAAAAUUGACAUGACGUACAAUUCCAAUGCCAUCGAGGGAAAUCCAAUCUCCUAUACGGAGACGGCAAUCAUCCUAUCUGGAUUUGUGGGACCCCGACGCAGGUCUAUUCGGGACGUUCAUGACAUUGUUGGACACGCCGCUGCUUUUGACGAAGUGCAAAAAUCGGCUGCAGUUGGUAAUUCGCAGAUAUCCAUUGAUGAAGUCAAACUGGUUCACAGACUCGUCUUGUUCGGUUCAGAAGACGGCGGAGUUUUUCAAAAGGAAGAAGAGAUUGCGGUAAUUACAGCGACGAAAGUGCUGCUCGCCAUGCCAGAUGAAACAGAAGCGCUGGUCCAGCGGCUCCUUAUCUGGCUGUCAAAAAAUUCGAAUGUGCAUCCUUUUGUCUUGGCAGUGACUUUCCAUUACAUAUUUGUUCGUAUCCAUCCUUUUCGAGACGGCAACGGGAGAACUGCCAGGCUUCUUUCAAACUUGGUUUUGAUGCAGCACGGAUACCCUCUUAUAGUUGUUCCUUUGGGGGCAAAAACACAGUACAUGACGUCGCUUCGGCAAUGGAACAAGGGCGACCCUGGCCCCUUUACUUCGCUCAUGGCCAAUCUAUUGCACAAGUCUUUUGACUUGUACUUUUCCUCUUUGAAGAUAUCAGGAACCAAGUAA